UCUUGCAACUGCUAUUAACCUUUCAUACCUAAAAAAUGCAGCGGAUAAAUACAAAGGUGAUUGGGUAGAUAAAUAUAACAAAGCUCGUGACUAUCUUUCUAAACAAAUUGGAGAUGCCGAUGCUGAAAAAGAAUUAUUGGAUCGUACUGAUGAGUAUGUAGUUGAUAAAACUACAGAUAAAGUGAUUAAGGAAAAGAAACGAGAUGCAAUUGAUCUUAAGAAAGAUGAAAUACCGAAAGAAGAACCUAAAGCUAAAGCUAAAAGCUUUAUCGGUGCUAUCUAUGAUGGAGCUGUUAAACUUGAGGAUCAAAUUGAAAAAGCCCUUGGAUUUAAUAAAGAUAAACUUGAUGAUCAUGAAAAAGCGGAAGCACUUAUAAUCGUUGAGGAAUCAGCCUCACCUGAGAAAUGCAAUGAAAUCGUUGCGGACCAAAAAGAUGAUGGUUGUAUUGAGUUAAGCGAUACAGUUUGUGAUGAAUUGGAUACACCUAAGGAAGAAAUUAUUACGACAAUUCAACCAAAACUUACAAAUAAGAAGCUUCAAUUACCCAAUCUUCCAUCAAUUCUUGCAACUGCUAUUAACCUAUCAUACCUUAAGAAAGCUGCACCUAAACAUGAAGGUGUAUGGAAAGAUAAACAUGAUAAAGCUCGUAAAUAUCUCUCAGACCAAAUAGGAGAUGAAGAUGCCGAAAAAGAACUUUUAGACUGCGCGGACGAUUAUGUAGUUGAUAAUUGUAUUAAGAAGGUGAUUAAAGAUAAAAAGAGAAAUGCAGUCGCUACGGUGCAAGAGUCUACCACACCAGAAAAAUGUGAUGACAUAGUGUCUAAUCAAAAUAAUGAUGGAUCUUUUGAAGUUAACGAAACAAUUUGUAAAGACAUAGACGUUCCAGUUACCAACGUGGUAACUGAAGUGAAAAAAUGUACACAAAAUCCAAAACUUAGAUCUCCAAAAUCAGAACCAUGGUGGAAAACAGGACUCGCUACUAGUUAUCUUAAUAUUGCUGCACCACAUCAUAAAAAACAAUGGGAAGAUAAACAUGAUAAAGCUCGUAAAUACCUUUCCGAUCAAAUUGGAGACGCUGAUGCUGAAAAAGAAUUAUUAGAUUGCACUGAUAAAUAUAUCAUUGAUAACAUUGCUAAAAAGGUUGAAAAAGAUCAUAAGAAAGAAGCUGCGAUUGCUAUUGUUCAAGAUGAAGCUUCUCCUGAUAAACAUGAAGAAAUUGUAUCUAAGCAAAAAGACGAUGGCUGCAUUGAAAUUGAUGAUCCUAUAUGUAAAGAAUUGCAUGCUCCUAAAGAAGAAAUUAUUGAUACAAUUAAAGAGAAAAUCACUAAUCCGAAGCUCAAAUUACCCGAGUUUUCAUCAAGUCUUGCAACUGCUAUUAACCUUUCAUACCUAAAAAAUGCAGCGGAUAAAUAUAAAGGUGAUUGGGUAGAUAAAUAUAACAAAGCUCGUGACUAUCUUUCUAAACAAAUUGGAGAUGCUGAUGCUGAGAAAGAAUUAUUGGAUUGUACUGAUGAGUAUGUAGUCGAUAAAACUACAGAUAAAGUGAUUAAGGAAAAGAAACGAGAUGUAAUUGAUCUUAAGAAAGAUGAAAUACCGAAAGAACAACCUAAAACUAAAGCUAAAAGCUUUAUCGGUGCUAUCUAUGAUGGAGCUGUUAAACUUGAAGAUCAACUUGAAAAGGCCCUUGGGUUUAAUAAAGAUAAACUUGAUGAUCAUGAAAAAGCGGAAGCACUUAUAAUUGUUGAGGAAUCAGCCUCACCUGAGAAAUGCAAUGAAAUCGUUGCGGAUCAAAAAGAUGAUGGUUGUAUUGAAUUAAGUGAUACAGUUUGUGAUGAAUUGGAUACACCUAAGGAAGAAAUUAUUACGACAAUUCAACCAAAGCUUACAAAUAAGAAGCUUCAAUUACCCAAUCUUCCAUCAAUUCUUGCAACUGCUAUUAACCUUUCAUACCUUAAAAAAGCAGCACCUAAACAUGAAGGUGUAUGGAAAGAUAAACAUGACAAAGCUCGUAAAUAUCUCUCAGACCAAAUAGGAGAUGAAGAUGCCGAGAAAGAACUUUUAGACUGCGCGGACGAUUAUGUAGUUGAUAAUUGUAUUAAGAAGGUGGUUAAAGAUAAAAAGAGAAAUGCAGUCAUUACGGUACAAGAGUCUACCACACCAGAAAAAUGCGAUGACAUAGUGUCUAAUCAAAAUAACGAUGGAUCUUUUGAAGUUAAUGAAACAAUUUGUAAAGACAUAGACGUUCCAGUUACCAAUGUAGUAAAUGAAGUGAAAAAAUGUACACAAAAUCCAAAACUUAGAUCUCCAAAAUCAGAACCUUGGUGGAAGACAGCACUUGCUACUAGUUAUCUUAAUAUUGCUGCACCACAUCAUAAAAAACAAUGGAAAGAUAAACAUGAUAAAGCUCGUAAAUACCUUUCUGAUCAAAUUGGAGACGCUGAUGCUGAAAAAGAAUUAUUAGAUUGCACUGAUAAAUAUAUCAUUGAUAAUAUUUCCAAAAAGGUUGAAAAAGAUCAUAAGAAAAAAGCUGCAAUUGCCGUUGUUCAAGAAUCGGCUUCUCCCGAUAAACAUGAAGAAAUUGUAUCUAAACAAAAAGACGACGGUAGCAUUGAAAUUGAUGAUCCAAUAUGUAAAGAACUGCAUGCUCCUAAAGAAGAAAUUAUUGAUACAAUUAAAGAGAACAUUACUAAUCCGAAACUCAAAUUACCCGAGUUUUCAUCAAGUCUUGCAACUGCUGUUAACCUUUCAUAUCUAAAAAAUGCAGCGGAUAAAUAUAAAGGUGAUUGGGUGGACAAAUAUAAUAAAGCUCGUGACUAUCUUUCUAAACAAAUUGGAGAUGCUGAUGCUGAAAAAGAAUUAUUGGAUUGUGCUGAUGAAUAUGUAGUCGAUAAAACUACAGAUAAAGUGAUUGACGAAAAGAAACGAGAUGUAAUUGAUCUUAAGAAAGAUGAAAUACCGAAAGAAGAAAAACCUAAAGCUAAAAGCUUUAUCGGUACUAUCUAUGACGGUGCUGUUAAACUUGAAGAUCAAAUUGAAAAAGUCCUUGGAUUUAAGAAAGAUAAAGAACCUGAUGAUCAUGAAAAAGCAGAAGCACUCAUUAUUGUUGAAGAAUCAGCCUCACCUGAGAAAUGCAAUGAAAUCGUUGCGGAUCAAAAAGAUGAUGGUUGUAUUGAAUUAAGCGAUACAGUUUGUGAUGAAUUGGAUACACCUAAGGAAGAAAUUAUUACAACAAUUCAACCAAAACUUACAAAUAAGAAGCUUCAAUUACCCAAUCUUCCAUCAAUUCUUUCAACUGCAAUUAACCUAUCAUACCUUAAGAAAGCUGCACCUAAACACAAAGGUGUAUGGAAAGAUAAACAUGAUAAAGCCCUUAAAUAUCUCUCAGACCAAAUAAGAGAUAAAGAUGCCGAAAAAGAACUUUUAGACUGCGCGGACGAUUAUGUAGUUGAUAAUUGUAUUAAGAAGGUGAUUAAAGAUAAAAAGAGAAACGCAAUCAUUACAGUGCAAGAGUCUACCACACCAGAAAAAUGCGAUGAGAUAGUGUCUAAUCAAAAGAAUGACGGAUCUUUUGAAGUUAAUGAGACAAUUUGUAAAGAAAUAGACGUUCCAGCUACCGAUGUAGUAAAUAAAGUGAAAGAAUGUACACAAAAUCCAAAACUUAAUUCUCCAGAAUCAGAACCAUGGUGGAAAACAGGACUUACUCUUAGCUUCCUUAAUGUCGCUGCACCACAUCAUAAAAAUCAAUGGGAAGAUAAAUCUAAGAAAGCUCAAGAAUAUCUCACUAAAGAGAUUAAAGAUUCUGAUACCGAAAAAGAAUUAUUAGAUUGCACAGAUCAAUAUCUCGUUGAUAACAUUGCUAAAAAGGUUGAAAAAGAUCAUAAGAAAGCAGCUGCAAUUGCUGUUAUUCAAGAUGAAGCUUCUCCCGAUAAACAUGAAGAAAUUGUAUCUAAACAAAAAGAUGAUGGCAGCAUUCAAUUAGAUGACUCAGUAUGCAAUGAUCUGGGCGUUCCUAAAGAAAAUGUGAUUACUACAAUUAAAAAUAGCAUUACUAAUCCAAAACUUCAAUUGCCCCAGCUUCCAUCAUUGCUUGAAACUGCUGUUAAUCUAUCGUAUCUAAAAAAUGCAGCGUCUAAAUAUAAAGGUGACUGGGUAGAUAAAUAUAAUAAGGCUCGUGAUUAUCUUUCUAAACAGAUUGGGGAUUCUGAUGCUGAAAAAGAAUUGUUAGAAUGUGUUGAUAAUUAUGUGGUCGAUAAAGCAACGGAUAAAGCGAUUGAGGACCAUAAAAAGGAUGUAAUUGCCCCUAAGACUAGAGCUCCUUUCGUCCCCGAAAUUUAUAGUGAUGCACCAACCAUUAGCGAAGAAGAAGCUCUUUGUACUGCUCAAGAAGCAGCUUCUCCUGACAAGUGCAAGGACAUUGUAUCUAACCAAAAAGAUGAUGGUUCCAUUGAAUUAGAUGAUACAGUAUGCGAUGAAUUAGAUGUUCCUAAAGAAGAAAUUAUCCCUAUGAUCCAAAAGAAUGUCACUCACGAGAAGCUUAAAUCACCCAAAUCCCCGUCAUUAUUUUCAACUGCUAUU